AUGAGCGACCCGUCCGCAGAUAAACUCAGAGACCGAAAUCCAAGUGUCCAGCAGGGGGAGGCAGGCUCACCUGCACCCAGCUGUGUGUCGGUCAGGAGUGACCAGUCAAUAGACAAUAUCAUUAACUUCAGAGAAAAAGACGUUACUUCUAAGACCAGUGUCCAGCAGGGGGAGGCAGGCUCACCUGCACCCAGCUGUGUGUCGAUCAGGAGUGACCAGUCAGUAGACAAUAUCAUUAACUUCAGAGAAAAACACGCUGCCUCUGAGUACAGUGAUUCUGUUUUAGCUAAGGACAUCAAGUCAGGUCUAAAGCAGCGGUAUCAAUUCCAUUAUGAAGGAAGGCAGAAAAACCCAAGAUUACUCAAUGAGAUCUACACAGAGGUCUACAUUAUAGAGGGUGGAAGUGAAGAAGUCAAUAAUGAACAUGAGGUCAGACAGAUUGAGACAGCAUCCAGGAGAACAGCAACAGAGGACACACCAAUCAAAUGCAACGACAUAUUUAAACCCUUACCUGGACAAGACAAACCCAUCAGAAUUGUGCUGACAACAGGAAUUGCUGGCAUUGGAAAAACAGUCUCUGUACAGAAGUUCAUUCUAGACUGGGCUGAAGGGAAAGUCAAUCAGGAUAUCCACUUCAUCUUUCCACUUGCUUUUUUAGAGCUGAAUUUGAUGAAGGAUCAAACAUGCAGUUUGAUGGAUCUUCUCAAUCAAUUUUACAGAGGAAGAGAAAGUUUUGAUUUUUCCAGCAACAAACAUAAAGCCCUUUUUAUCUUGGAUGGCCUUGAUGAGUGUCGACUACCCCUAGAUUUCCAGAACAAUAAGAGUCUGAGUGAUGUAACAGAAUCAACCUCAGUGGAUGUGCUGCUGACAAACCUCAUCACAGGGAAUCUGCUUCCCUCUGCUCUGAUCUGGAUCACCUCCCGACCAGCAGCAGCCAAUCAAAUCCCACUUGUUCAUAUUGACCGAGUCACUGAGAUACGAGGGUUCAAUGACCCUCAGAAGGAGGAGUAUUUCAGGAAGAGAAUCACUGAUCAUACCUUGGCCUGCAGAAUCAUCUCAUACAUGAAGUCUUCAAGAAGCCUGUACAUCAUGUGCCACAUACCAGUGUUCUGUUGGAUUUCAGCCACUGUUCUGGAGAGAAUGUUGGAUGAGGCACAGCGAGGAGAGAUCCCCAAGACGCUGAAUCAAAUGUACACACACUUUCUGUUAAUUCAGACCAAAUUUAUUCGAGAAAAGUACAGCGAGAGCAAAGUGACGUAUAAAGAAAUGAUCUUCAGACUGGGACGACUGGCUUUUCAGCAGUUGGAAAAAGGCAAUCUGAUCUUCUAUGAGGAAGACCUGAGGGAAUGUGGCAUUGAUGUGAGAGAUGCAUCGGUGUACUCCGGAGUGUGUACCCAGAUCCUUAGAGAACAGCGAGGGUUUUUACAGGGAAAAGCAUACUGCUUUGUUCAUCUAAGCACUCAGGAGCAUCUUGCAGCUUUAUAUGUUCAUAUGUCAUUUAUUAACAACAACACAAACGUACUUGACCAAAAGGCAAACACUAUCACAGUUUUUGACCUACACACGACUGCAGUGGAUCAGGCCUUGCAGAGUAAGAAUGGACACCUGGACCUUUUCCUCCGCUUCCUUCUGGGAUUCUCGCUGGAAUCCAAUCAGGCUCUCCUGCAGGAUCUACUGAAAGAUAAAGGAAGUUCACUGAGCAGAGAGAGGAUGAUCGAGUACAUCAAAAGGAAGAUCAGUGAGAAUUCUUCACCAGAGAAAUCCAUUAAUUUGUUUCAUUGUCUGAAUGAACUCAAUUACCGCUCUCUGGUGGAGGAGAUGCAGUAUUACAUGUUAACUGGGAAACUGACCAAAACAAAACUUUCACCCUCUCAGUGGUCAGCUUUUGCCUUCAUGUUGCUGACCUCACAAACGCUGCUGGAUGUGUUUGAUCUGAGUAAAUACACUGGCCCACACACUGACAGCUCUAAUGUCACACGACAUGAAAUUCUCUUGAGGCUCCUGCCAGUGGUCAAAACAUCCAAAACAGUCAAAUUGAGGUCCUGUAACUUGACUGACAAAAGUUGUGAAGUUUUGACCUCAGCUCUCAGCUCAAACUCUUCCAGUCUUAAAGUCCUGGACUUGAGUGAAAAUAACCUGCAGGAUUCAGGAGUGAAACUGCUCUCUGCUGGACUGAAGAAUCCUCACUGUAAACUGGAGAUACUGAGGCUGGAACGCUGUGGUAUCACAGACGAGGGCUGCGCUGCUCUGGCUUCAGCUCUCAGAUCGAACCCCUCACAUCUCAGAGAGUUAUACCUGCACGGAAACAAAAUAGGAGACUCGGGAAAGAAACGUCUAUCUGCUCUACGCGAUGAUCUAAAUCAGUUAGAACAAGUCAGUAGGCUACAGCAGAUUAACAGCGUGUACUCGUCCACAGCCGUCCAGUCGCGAGAUAUCUUCCGUAGCCUGGAGCUGAGAAGAGUCUUUGGCUUUCGGUUUCACACAAGUCCGAACGCGGGUAUUAGCUCAGAGCCAGUGUUUGUUUUCUAA